AGAAACAAUGGAAGAACCAAUGGAAGUUGACAAUAAAAGACCAAAGGUGCUCACCUGGACAGAAAAAUAUCGUCCAAAAACGCUAGACGAUAUUGCAUACCAGGAUGAAGUCGUCACAAUGCUGAAAGGAGCGCUUCAAGGAAGAGACUUACCACAUCUUUUGUUCUAUGGACCACCAGGUACUGGUAAGACGUCAGCAGCUCUUGCAUUUUGCCGCCAACUCUUCCCAAAAAAUAUUUUCCACGAUAGGGUUCUUGAUUUGAAUGCAUCGGACGAGCGUGGUAUUGCAGUUGUUCGUCAAAAAAUUCAAUCCUUCUCCAAGUCAUCUUUGGGCCACAGCCAUAGGGAAGAUGUUCUCAAAUUGAAAAUUAUCAUACUUGAUGAAGUUGAUGCGAUGACCCGAGAAGCACAAGCAGCAAUGCGCAGAGUUAUUGAAGAUUUUUCCAAAACUACUCGCUUCAUUCUCAUCUGCAACUAUGUUUCCCGAUUGAUUCCUCCAGUUGUGAGCCGUUGUGCCAAGUUCCGAUUCAAAUCACUUCCAGCCGAGAUUCAAGUUCAAAGAUUGAGAACAAUUUGUGAUGCAGAAGGAACUCCCAUGAGUGAUGAUGAACUGAAACAAGUUAUGGAAUAUUCAGAAGGUGAUUUGAGACGAGCUGUAUGUACACUUCAGUCAUUGGCUCCAAUUUUGAAAAGUGGCGAUGACAAUGCUCGAAAUUGCUAUCUCCGUGGUUCUUCGGACAGUUUACUCAUUUCAAACGUUUGCAAAUCAAUCCUGACUGCUGAUGUUCCCCAAAUAAUUGCAUUGACAAAGGAUAUCACAAAAUCGUGCACUGGUGUUGCUUUCAUUCGUCGUUGUUUCCAACAGUUGAUGGAUGAAGAUGUUAUCAAUGACGAGAAUAUUGGAGUAAUGGGGAAACUGGUUGCGACUUGCGAAAAGCGAAUUUUGGAUGGAUGUGAUUUGGAAAACAAUCUCCUCGACUUUCUGCUCACUCUUCGUGAAACUAUCCAAUGAUAAAUUAACACAAUACGGUUUCAAUUUGCCCAUUGAUUUCUCAACUUCAAAAUUCACGUGUACUAUAUAUAAAUUUUAACAUUCUAUAAACAAUAGUUUUGU